GCUUGUGCGGCUACGUCGUUCCCCGAGGGAAGUCUCGAGGCCCUUCGUUAAUGGCUAAUCAGAGAAUGUUCACAGAUGUCAACUACUACAUCCCUGAUUGCUCAAGACAUGGGCCCUUUCAUCCAAGGGGCCGCAUUAAGUAAAGCUGAAUGAAGACGAGCUGCUUGGGUGGAAGGUGGCAUCUGUAGAGAGCUAGAGUCUAAUCUAUCCACCACCCCACUGGCGCCCAGCUCUGUCCGGCUGUUCUCUGGUUGCUGCGUCUCACCGAGUCUCUCCACUGUCCAGAAUCCUGAAGAACUCCGUUUACAAACUGCAUGCUCUUUAAAGAGGUUGCAAGGUCCCGCUCAUCUGUAGCAUUUUUGACAGCUUCCAGGGCCUCCUCUACCUGCUGCACAGCAUCUAGCUAAGGGAAAAAUAUUUUCCUAAUAAUUUUGAAGAGGAAAGUCUUCAUCCUACUCUUGGAAAUUCUGCAGACAACCAGGCAUUUGGGAAGGAUGGAAGAAAACACAGCAGAGGAGAUACAAGCAGCAAGCUUCUGGUGAGGGCUCUGAGGCCUAGUUGGCCAGCCCAUUCUAGGGCCUCGGAGAAAGUUGACACAGUACCCAACCUGAAUCGGUCAGUUACUUCCAGAAGAAAAGGAAGACCUGUGAUAUCCCUGGAGAGUUUGUACCUGUGACAUCCCUGGAGAGUUUGUACCUGUGACAUCCCUGGAGAGCUUGUACCUGUGACAUCCCUGGAGAGUUUGUACCUGUGACAUCCCUGGAGAGUUUGUACCUGUGACAUCCCUAGAGAGCUUGUACCUAUGACAUCCCUGCAGAAUUACUUGCCUUGUACCUCCUGCAGGCCCCGGUGCCCCUAAAGGGCUGUCUGUCCAGUUUGUGUUUGCCCUGGACGCCCACAGUGCACCUCUUAUGCACUCCAGCACCCCCAUCAGCUCCCUCUUCUCCUUCACCAGCCCAGCAGUGAAGAGACUGCUAGGCUGGAAGCAGGGAGAUGAAGAGGAAAAGUGGGCAGAGAAGGCGGUAGACUCUUUAGUGAAGAAGUUAAAGAAAAAGAAAGGAGCCAUGGAUGAACUGGAGAGGGCCCUCAGCUGUCCCGGGCAGCCCAGUAAAUGUGUGACAAUUCCCCGGUCCCUGGACGGGCGGCUUCAGGUGUCCCACCGCAAGGGUUUGCCCCAUGUCAUUUACUGCCGAGUGUGGCGCUGGCCUGAUCUCCAGUCUCACCAUGAGCUGAAGCCACUGGAAUGCUGUGAGUUCCCUUUUGGCUCCAAGCAGAAAGAGGUGUGCAUUAACCCCUAUCACUACCGGCGGGUGGAGACUCCAGUGCUGCCGCCUGUACUCGUGCCAAGACACAGUGAAUAUAACCCCCAGCUCAGCCUGCUAGCCAAGUUCCGCAGCACCUCCCUCCACAGUGAGCCUCUCAUGCCGCACAACGCCACCUAUCCCGACUCUUUCCAGCAGCCUCCGUGCAGUGCGUUCCCUCCCUCGCCAGGGCCCGGGCACGUGUUCUCACAGUCCCCAUGCACUGCUGUCUACCCUCACUCCCCAGGAAGCCCCUCCGAGCCAGAGAGCCCUUAUCAACACUCAGACUUUCGACCAGUUUGCUAUGAGGAACCUCAGCACUGGUGCUCGGUUGCCUACUAUGAACUGAACAACCGAGUUGGGGAGACGUUCCAGGCAUCCUCCCGAAGCGUGCUUAUAGAUGGAUUCACAGACCCUUCAAAUAACAGGAACAGAUUCUGCCUUGGACUUCUUUCUAACGUAAACAGAAACUCAACAAUAGAAAACACCAGGAGACACAUAGGAAAGGGUGUGCAUUUGUACUACGUUGGGGGAGAGGUGUACGCCGAGUGUGUGAGUGACAGCAGCAUCUUUGUGCAGAGCCGGAACUGCAACUAUCAGCAUGGCUUCCACCCAGCCACUGUGUGCAAGAUCCCCAGUGGCUGCAGUCUGAAGAUCUUCAACAACCAGCUCUUCGCACAGCUGCUCGCUCAGUCAGUUCACCACGGAUUCGAAGUCGUGUAUGAGUUAACCAAGAUGUGCACUAUCCGCAUGAGCUUUGUUAAGGGCUGGGGAGCGGAGUAUCAUCGCCAGGAUGUCACGAGCACCCCCUGCUGGAUUGAGAUUCAUCUUCACGGACCACUGCAGUGGUUGGACAAAGUUCUCACCCAGAUGGGUUCUCCACAUAACCCGAUUUCUUCAGUGUCUUAACAGCCCGUUAUGUCUUAAUCUACAUUUCUAUAGAAUAGAUGCUAUUGCAGGCAGUGGCUUAUACCAUUUCAGAUUUGCAACUAACAGAAGUUUCUAAGUACAUAUGUAAAUACAUAUAAUAUAUACUGUUCAUAUUUUUAUCACCAGUUUUUUUGUGCUAGAAUUUUUAGUUAACCUGGUGCCAGUACAACGUGAUUAGAAAAGGCAACUGUGUCAAUAGAAUUUGAAAAAUGUUGGCAGAAUAAAAGGCAGCAUUAGUCAGCCAUGUCAUUAUAAGGCAUGUUGUGUGGCCUACCAGAAAAAUAUCAAAACUGUUUAUAUAUUGCAAAUCAGGGUACUAGCAGCACUAAAGCAAGUAACACUUUCGGAUAAAAGAAAGCAACCAAACCCAUAUCACUUAAACAAUCUCACUUUCAGUGCUAUUGGCAAGAAGGGAAAAAAAACCCAAGCUUGUAAAAUCAGUUAUGUAAGAUGAGUCACAUAAAUUAUUUUAUUUCUCAAGUUGAAAUACCUAUAGCUGGACUAUUGUGCUAAUAUUAAUGGUACAUUUAAGAUAAAUUUAAACUGUGAUUGGAAAAGAGACUGUGAAGCUGGGAGUCAAUGUUGUUUCAAGAUCUGCCACUAUAAAAAAAAAAAGAGUCUAAUACAUGGGAAGAUUCAUAUGAAAAUAGCAUGAAAUGAGGUAUAUUCUCAAAUUACAAAAUAAGACCAGAAUAUAGUCCAAGAAUCACCCAGGGAGACACUUGCUUUCCAUGUAGGAGAACCAGGGCCCUGCUUUCCUGGUUCUUCCAGUCAGGCAGUCUGGCAGACUUCUGAGUCUGCACAGGGAGCUGGAGGACCGUGUGCGUAAUUUCUGGAUGGGGAUGAAGCAGUAAAAUAAGAGGGUUGGACAAAAGCAUCCUGUGUUUAUUCACACCUUCUCACAUUCCCAUUAAAAGACUUUAUGAAGCAAGGGCACAUUUCCCUACAUGUUGGCACAUACUAUUUACAGAUGACUAAAACAGUGGUGAAGCCUUGAGAAAAUCUGGACACAUUGCUGGGGUCAAAUCUAGGAGUUAUUUAACUUAGUGUCUCGGUCUGCUGAGCACAUCUGGUAGCCUCUUAUAAAGCUGAAGCCUCAUACCUGGAAAUAACUUCCCAAAUGAAAUAAUAAUUUCAUAACCCCUAGAAUUUCUGGGGAACAGUGGUACUGAAGAGUGGGACAUUUAAAUAAAUACAUAUAUAUACAUAUAUAUACAUACAUAUAUAUACGUAUUAAAAACCUGUUCUUAUUUACUCUUGGAUGAUAAGAGAGGAGAGGAACAUUCCCCACAUUUCUAGGUACUUUUACAUAUAAAUAUAUAUUUAUAUAUAUAUAAUUUUAUAUAUAUAUAUAAAAUCCCCACCCACUAAACACUGCACUGCUUCGAGAAAUAUUUCACACCCUCUCAAAAAUGUAUAGCUUAAGAAGGUAAUUAUACUUGUAACAGAUGGUACUUCAGUAAUCCAAGAGGUUUCUUCAUUUAUGCAUCCUAUCUCCGCUCUUUUUAGCAUUAGUGCACACAGUAGUUGCUUCUCAUUAAAUUGUAUUCAAGGUAGAAAUGAUCCUGUGAAAAAGAUAUAUUUGCGUGAGCUCCUACGGUUGCCUCUUGUAAGGACUAGUGUUAUCUAAUAGAAACUUUCCUAUAUGCAAUAGAAAAUAGUACAGCCUACAUUAAAACUAGGUGGUCCAUUUAGUGAUUAGAAAAUCCUGUAGUCCAUUGGUUCAUCAACUAUGUACUGUGCCCCUGUAUGGCGGGGAACAGUGUUAGGUACUGUGGAAUCAAGUGUAAACCAGAGACAGUCCCAGAUUCUGGAGAGUCUGUUAGUAAACCUGUUAGUAAACAUCUUCAUGCUUCAGAACUUUUCAAACAAAGCCAAACCUACGAUCUUUAUUUUUGCUUGAAAAAAAUACAACUGAUUUCUUAAUUGUCUAUAUUUUGAAACUUACUUCCCUUCUCUUCUCAGCAAUCAGGUAAGGGAUGAAGUCUUCCUCGGAUACACACUAUUUUUCUUCAGUGCUUCAAAGUUGUUUGUUUUCUCCCCUUACUCCCUUAUUUUCCAGUUUUUGCCCAUUUCCCCUUUUCUUGGAAAAGGCAUAAAUAUGGUGAGUCUUCCUCAUAUGAGUACAGGUCUGUGAGAAUAUCAAGGACACAUGGUUUUUGCUCCAGAGACCUAACAUAGCUUUCUUGAUCUCUUCACAAAUGCUCAAAUUUCUGAUAACCUUAUACCUUUGCAGAAUCCAUUGUAACUGAUUGCUUAUAAAUUACAUUAAAAAAAUAAACAAACCUGGAUGUUCAUGCAGGUUUGGGAAACCAAGACAAAAUAUUCCGGCAAGCCUGUGUUAUUCCUUUGAAAAACAAAUGAUUAAAGUGGUACAUUUGCAUCAUCACCAGUCCUAUCUCAAAAAAGUCCACAUUAGGCUACAGUGAAAUUCAAAAAAGUUAACCGUUCAGUCACCGUAACUAGUCACGUUCUCUUCAGACUUUUAACAUUUUUGCUGGCAAGAAUUGUCCAAAGUUGUAAUGCAGCAUUUGCCUUCAGACUUCUACAUUUGCUCAUUUAGCAUUCAUUCCUUGAGAUGGACAAUAAAAAAAAAUGUAAUAGCAUUCUUUUAUAGGAUAACUAGCAAAGUGGACAUGCUAAGCCAUUUAAAGGCACCAACAAUGCCAAACAUUUUUAAGAUUACCAUGGACAAGGGUUGUGCAGUAGAGAAUGAUGUUUUGGCCUGCUCUUAACCCCAGAACAUUUGUUGUGUUGUUCUUUCCUGUUUAAAAACUGAGAUGUGAGAAGUUUGUUUUAAACUAUAUUUUACUAUCUGCCAGUGCUUUGGAACUAUAAAGAUGUCACUUGUUUUUGUUUUUUUACAUUCAGUAUAAAUCAGGAAAAUUGAACAACAUAGCACUAGCGCUUAGAAUCCCCCCUUUCAUUGUCUUCUAAGGGAUUACAAGCAAUAACAAAGGGAUUAGAAGCAACAACAAAAAGCAUUUUGUAAAUAUAACCUGCUAGGAUUUAAACACCUGCUUAACUUUGAAUAUGUCCUGAAUAUCUGGUAUAUAUAUUCAACAACUAAAGCAAAAUAUAACAUGCAUUCCAAAUUUGUCUUCCCCUGUUAUGAUUUAGCAGUUGAACUGUAUGACAAGGCUAGAGGAUCCUGGCACAUGUUCAAAUUAAUGUAACACAAACCAACAAAAAAGGAACUAUUUUCGAUUCAAGUAAUGCUUUUGAUGAUCAUAUCUAGGCUUCAGUUAUCCUUCAAAUGCACACUUAUAUACUGCUAUAUGAUUGUUUAUAAUAAACAAUACUGUACCUA